CGUGCGCAUGCGCGCGGCCGCCGCUCGCCCCCUCCCCGUUCCCCCCCCCCCGGGUCCUGACAGCGGCUGUGGCGCUGAGGCGAUCUGGGCCAAGCUGCAGGGAGUAAAUCGUGAGAAGAUCUAUACAAGGACUAGUUCUAAGAUUCUUUGGUGUAUGAAGCAAACAUCUCGGAGAUGAUUGAGUAUUCCUCAAGGAUGGGGAAUCAUCUACUCAGGUGGAGAGUGACAGAAGCAUGUUAACUUUCACGGAGCUGACACUGACUCUUCAAAGUGGUGUCCUGCCGUUACUGUCUGCAUAUCCUGAAGACCUGCUCUCAGCUCACACUGGGGGGCAUCAUUCCUCAACAUCCUAAGAUAUCUUGCUUCCAGAACUGAAGUCAGGACAAUGUGUUGCCUCCUUUAAUUGCAAUUUGAAAAUUAAUUUCAGAUAUGGAGGAAUACACCAAAAAGAAAUGCUUUGCACUGACUUGGUUAAAGCUCAUUCAUGGCCAUUAGUGGUUGCAGUCCUGCUGUCUGCUGGGAUACAGGUGUACUUUAAGCUGGAGUCAACUGGGAGAUCCUGUAAACAUGUGGUUUGAGGAACUGGAAGCCAGAACCUGAUCUUUCAGCUACUGGUGCUAUUGCAGAGCAAAAGCUGCAAGUCGUUUGAUGACUAAAUAGCAUCUCCAUUCUCAUGAGUUCUGAUUUGCUUCUCCUGGAGCCAUGGAUGAAUACAGCCGCUUUGUGGACUGGGACAAGAUGGACAGUUCUUUGCAGAGCCAGGAUGCGAAGGAGCUGACCUGCCUCGAGCUCCCAGAGCUCAAGCAGCUGGCCCGCCAAGGCUACUGGGCCAAGAACCACUCCCUGAGAGCCAAAGUGUACCAUAAGCUGAUCAGCAAUAUCCCAUGCCGCACAGUCACCCCAGAUGCGAACGUGUACCAAGACAUUGUGGUGAAGAUCAUUGGGAAACGCAGCAGUAGCUCCCUUGCAUUGCCAGAGUUUGUAGAUGACAGCCUGGUCCCCACAUACUGCUUGAACGCAGAAGGUAUCGGAGCAGUCAGGAAGAUCAUACUGUGCAUUGCAAAUCAGUUCCCAGACAUCUCGUUUUGCCCAGCACUGCCCUCAGUGGUUGCUUUGCUUCUGCACUACAGCAAGGACGAGGCCGAGUGCUUUGGGCAGGUUUGUCGCAUCCUUGCUUGCAACGACCCGUCCAAGCGGCUCAUUGACCAGACGUUCUUGGCUUUUGAGUCGUCCUGCAUGACCUUUGGAGACCUGGCGAACAAGUACUGUCAGGCGGCACAUAAGCUGAUGGUGGCAGUGUCCGAGGAUGUACUGGAGGUGUACUCUGACUGGCAGCGGUGGCUCUUCAGAGAGCUGCCCAUGGUGUAUAUCGCUCGGGUCUUUGAUGUGUUCCUGGUGGAGGGCUACAAAGUUCUCUAUCGCGUGGCACUGGCUCUUCUAAAGUUUUUUCACAAAGUCAGAGCUGGGCAGCCCAUGAAGUCUGACAGCAUACAGCAGGACAUCCGAGUAUUCGUAAGGGACAUUGCCAAGUCAGUGCCUCCAGAGAAGCUUCUGGAAAAGGCCUUUGCUAUCCGCCUUUUCUCACGGAAGGAGAUCCAGCUUCUGCAGAUGGCCAAUGAGAAGGCUUUGCAGCAGAAGGGCAUCACAGUCAAACAGAAGAGUGUUGCAUCUCCCAGAAGGCAGAAUGUGCAUUUAGCAGUUCAUGCUGAGAACUUCAAGUCUGAAAUUGUCAGCGUGAAGGAGAUGCGAGAUAUCUGGUCGUGGAUCCCGGAGCGGUUUGCACUUUGCCAGCCCCUCUUGCUUUUCACCACUUCGCAACAUGGCUAUAGUCUGAGCAGGUUCUAUUCUCAUAGUGAGGGACAUGAACCAACUCUUCUCCUCAUCAAGACCACAGCAAAAGAGGUCUGUGGUGCUUAUCUGUCCACCGACUGGAGCAAGCGCAGGCAAGGAGGGAGCACACUGAGUUUCUUUGGAACUGGGGAAUGCUUUGUGUUUAGGCUGAAGCCAGAAGUGGAACGUUACGAGUGGGUGAUCAUAAAACACCCAGAACUGGCCAAGCCUGGGUCAGAGACAGAAAAUCACACCUCACCAAGCUCCAGCACCCUCGCUUCCAGCAGUGCCCCAUCAUACUCCUCAGAUCACCUUUCUCCCUUCUUAUCAGCUCGGCACUUCAAGUUGCCUUCCAAAACAGCCUCCAUGUUCAUGGCUGGCAGCAGUGAAUGCAUCAUUAUAGGAGGUGGUGACGGCCAGGCUCUGUACCUCGAUGCAGAUCUGAACCACGGAAGAACCAGCCACUGCAGUACCUUCAAUAACCAGCCGUUGUGCUCCGAAACCUUCCAGAUCUCUCUCUUGGAGGUGUGGGGCUUCUUGGACACCAUGAAUGCUUGACUGUUGUUAAUCAGCUAGUUUUUCAGUUGUUCUAGGAUUCCCAAGGCAAAUUCUAAUGCAGGAGCCAAGUUAGAACACAAUUGCUACUGGGCUCAGUGUUUUUUAGUAAUUACUAAGUGGUGCACUUGAGUGCAGGGCUUAGUUGUUUACUCUUAUUUUGUUUAAGACAGGUCAAGGUGAAGUAAUGUAUCUGAUUGAUUAACUCCUCAGCUCUUUACCUCUAAAGAUCUGGAUUCAGGUCCUUUUAUUAGGUAAAAAUGAAAAUGUAAUUAUUUCAAGCCAUCCUAAGUGGAUACAAGUCCAAAUCACAGGAUAGGUUUGCAGUUUGAUGCAAUUCCUCAGAGGCUCAGAGCUGGCUGAGGUGUGCUAUAGAGCUGUGUGCCACUAGCAUCAGUACCUGGCUUGAGCCAGUAAUAUCAAAUGUCUGCUCACAGGGAACAUUGAUGACCUCAGAUUUGAUGUAGAACAGUAGCUCAUGAAAUCAUUGCCCUACUAUAAGCAGGGAUUGUGCAGACAAAUCAGUAGCGUUUCGUUAGUUCCGAAAGCCCUCAAUUCCCAUAAGAACCAUGAUUGCUCAUUGUCCUUCUCCUUGUACCUGAAACCUUGACACAUUCCAGUUGCAUCUGUUUGUGGAAUCUGCCUCUGAGAAAGGCAUCCAGACUGGGUAACCAUAUCUCAAAGGCUUGAUUUUGUUUACAUUCCUAUUCCGUAUCAGUAUAAUGACUUCAGACUGACUAGUGUUCCAGGCAGCUGAAAGCCAGAGCAUAUAUGGAGUGCUCAGAAACUUCCUUUUCUUCGUCUUUCCUGGAAGCUGAGAUGGAGCUUUAAAUCUGAGAAUAACUGCUGAUAUCCCUACAUGUUUGGGGAAUUAGACAUUGUGGUACAGAAGCUUAAUGCUCUCCCCACAAGUAAAUGAAGGGAGGUGGGAGGGAAAUCCUCUGUGUAAUGUUAUUCUGGGAGUGGACAAGCUUCCCAGGAGAAUUCUAGGUGACACUGUUUCUCCAUAUCAUGAGUCUUCCCAGUGGUGAGAUCCUGAAAAAGGUGACACUUUUUUGGCAGCAGUGUUCUGGCAGGAUUUGGAUGAUGCAAAGAGGCUUUUGCUCAUUCCUGAGAAUUCAUACAGCUCUCUCAAGCAUGCCUUGGGCAUGGGAUAUCUGGAGGCAACUGCCCUGUGUCUUCAUCUAAAACUUGUGGUAUCUGCUGUAGAACAACUCCCACCCGAAGCACAAGUCCAUAAACAUCGAUGGUAGCCUGGAGCAUACAGCAGGAUGCUCUCAAAGCUUCAGUGGGUAAUUUGCUAGUAAGUUCUACCACCACAGGUAAAAUGAAGGGAAAGAGGAAUGGCUUUUUUUUUGUCUUCAGCAGUUCAGCCUAAAAAAUUGCUUUAGAGUGGGGGAAAUGUGAUUACUUGAAUUUCAUUUAUAGUGAUAAAAUCUCAGUGAGGCUGGACAGGGUCAUGUCAGCACUGAGAGGUGGCGUGAGUCUUGCGUUGGCUUGUUUAGCUUUCCAUCAGUGAAAACACCAAGUGUCUUGGUAAAGUGUUGCCUUUUGUGAAGCACAUGAACAAACUUGGCAAAAAAUGUGAUUUUCUUCUUCAGAUGCCAUUUUAAACUUUUGUCAAAAUAACUCUUUGAAAUACUAGAGUGCACUUACAACAGUUUAAGAUGUCUUUUGCACCACAUGUAUUUGCAAUUAGAUUAUUUCACCCUGUUUGAGUCAGCACUCGGCCUCUCUUUCUUUCCCGCUGGGUGAGUUCUGUCCAGCUGUGUUUUCAGAGGUUUACCAUAAGUUUGACUGAACUGCAAGGUAUAAUUCGGUUAUAUUUAAUGUAUUUUGAUGGGGAAGAACUCAAACAGUUGUAUCUGGCUUUUUACAAAUACUGGCUGAUGUUGCCUUCUGUUAUAUUUUCAAAGCUAGUUGUAUCACUUUGCACUUGCUAGCACCCCACAAGCUUCCUCAGACACAAGGAAUCGCGCAGAGAAUGUAUCCCAUUUAGUGGGCUCUCUUCCAUGUAGGUGGGGUUUCAGUUUUGUCUGUAUCUCCUCUCUGUGGAGUUUGUCUCAGGUGCCCUUGAAAACCCCAAACACAAUAGCAUUAAUUUUCAGCUUGUUAAGUUGUCGGAUUCCCUCAGGCUGUUGGCAAGACUUGUGGCAGUUCAUUGUUGCACUUCAAAUGAAUAGGUUUUAUCUGGAAAAUCUCUCCUGCAGCUGGCAGUGGUGAUGGAGUUUUCUCUCCCCAUCUCUGCAGGAUGCAGCUAUGUCAGCGAAACCCAAAUGCUGUACCAUGCCUUAGGCCAUAUCUGAGAAACACUGUUCCUUUCCCUGCUCUGUUCUUAAUGCACAGGGGUUUGGGUGUUUAAAAUCAAAAAUAACUCCUGGUUGCUCAGAAAUUCAUCAUAGGAUAUUAGUGUGAGGAUCCAAGGAGCAGCACUGAAAACAAGUGAGGCCCGGGUGUCUUUCACAAGUCAAUCACAGGCUUCAACUCAGCUUCCCUCGUGCCAGAUCAGUCCAACUUCUGACCCCUUGGUAGCGAAGGUCCACAAAAGAGCCCUUUUUGGCAGCUUAUCUAGACAGCCAACCAGUCUUUCACAUGGGUCUUAAAGGUAAAUCUUCAUUCUAAAGUAAGACAUUACCACACCGUGUCUCUCUGGGUGUGCUUCAGGCACACGCUGUGCCCAAAGCAGUUUGAGCAGUGACCUCUAUGAGUUUGCAAAUCCUAGCAGGGAGUAAAAGGGUUUAUGGAUGAUCCUCCUCCUGCUGCCUGUUGGGAUUCAUACCAGGAUUCAUAUCGGUCGUGAGGCACAUGUCACAGGGAUGGUUUAAUUUGAUACAGCACUUCCCUGCUGCAGGCAUCCUGCAGCACUAAUAUGCGUGGUUUAAUACAUGCCUCUAGCAAGAGGAAUUGUAGGAUGCUGUGUCACCUUCACACAAUCCUUCUGUUCAGUGAAAAUGGAUAUUCCUUUUCAUGUGCAAAUCCCUGUUAUGGUUGUGAAACAUCUUAGAGGAACAGCAGUUUCUUUCCAGUUGUUUUCUGUCUGUAGUUAAUAGUUGUGCUGACCAAGUGCAUAUCAAAGUUCAGGUAAUUAAGCCAAGCAUUUGUGUAACAUGCAGAACUCUUGAGAUGGAGACCACAGCCUGUUUUUUAAGACAACGACUACAAUGGGCACCUUAUCAGAAAGUUCAUGUUAUUUCAAGUACCCCAGUGAAGUGCUUUAGUCACCUUGUAACUGGGAACAACUUGAUGUGGUUUGUAAUCCUUGUUUGUAGUCCUGCUGGCAGCAGUGACAGCAUCAGCUCCUGCAGGAGAACAUUUGCUUUCCUGAGAAGCCAUUUUUGCUUUAUAAUGUUCUCUUGAAGGCAGAAAAAAACCAGAAACUCUGAUUUAUUGUAAAUGGCAUCUGAGCUGUUUCCAGGCCACAGGACUAUUCCCAGCUCUCAGCCAGGCUGGACAGACUUCAUCACUGCACCCGAACUGUCAUUCCUACGGAUCAUGCGCUUUGACACGCUCCCUUUUGAGAUGAAGCAUUAGUCAGCCUCCUGUUAAUAGAGGCCAGUUAACAAAGGCAAGGGUGCAACUCCCAUCUCCUCUGUGCGGAGAUAACUAAACACAAAUUGGAGGGGCGGGAGCACUGUUCUUUAAAGAGUUCAACUUCAUGCCAACGAUAUCUGUGUUUAGCCAUGGGCGGGCGGCACUUGCAGAUCGAUCAACUGCUGGGGUGUGCAUGAACUGAAAUUGUGUACUUUGUCCUUGGAAAUCCAUCCUCAUUUUUGAUGGGGAGUGAUCUCCUUUGCCCACCAUAGACAGUGGUGCUACGUCCAGUGGGGACUGAGGGCUGGCUCCUGCGACCCGCACCCGGAGUGCGGUUGUUGGGUAGAUCGGAGGCCUGGGCACCUGGCUGUUUAUGGUGAGAUGCCAUUCUGCCUGACAUGAAUUUCAGACUCUUCGUAGUUGAGAUGAGAGUGCGUAGUAUUUGGGGUGAUGUUUGUCUUUAGAUGAGUGGAGUUGUGCUGCUGAAAUGGUUUUCCACCCUAUCAUUGGAAUCGCUGCCCUAUGUCAGUGGUAUUUUUGUCACUGUGCAGAAUCUUGGAUUGUAUUAAAAUGUGUUUGACUGUGGA